UUCAAAUUUUUAUAUAAGAAAACUUGCUGCGUACAGAUAUUAAUGCAACUUCGAAGAAGCCAAAUGAAAGUUCAGAAUCAACUAGAGAAAAUGAAAAGUUUACACCAUACUCAUAUCCUCUCACCAACCCAGUGCAGCAAUACUGUUGUUCAAAAAAUAAAUGCCCCACUCCCUCUAGUUUGGUCCAUGGUUCGUCAAUUCGACAACCCUCAAAUAUACAAGAAGUUCAUCAAAAGUUGCAAAAUGAGAUCCGGCUGUGGCGGCGCCGGCAGCGUACGGGAGGUGGAGGUGGUGUCUGGUAUGCCGGCGGAGAGGAGCACAGAGAGGCUUGAUCGCCUUGAUGAAGAUGUGCAUGUUAUGGUGUUCAGUAUUAUUGGUGGCGAUCAUAAACUUGUGAAUUAUCAAUCCACCACCAGUAUGUAUGAGGAUGAGGCAGAGGAAGGCGGCGGGAAGACGGCGGUGAUUGAAUCGUACGUGGUGGAUAUUCCGGUGGAUAGUUGUGAAGAAGAUACUCGUGCGUUUGCUGAUACGAUAGUAGGGUGUAAUCUCAAAUCUCUAGCCAAAAUAGCAGAGAAAAUGGCAUGAACAUGAAAUUCUUGUACUAUGGUUCUUGAUGUAUUUCGUGAUUUAGUUUGUGUUGGUGAAAUCUCAAUGCAAAGUACUAGUUUUUUCAAGUAUAAUUCACCAACCUUUC